UUUUCUUUCUCUUUUAACUCUACCCGGCCCCCGACUCUUCCUAUUAGGGUUCUUCGAUCGCUCCCUCAAAUCCUAUCCAAACCCUAAUCUCAAUUCGGAGGGGAAGAGGCCGAGAGCGAGGGCGCUAUCAAUCGAGAUCCGUCGUGGUUAGGGUUUCCAUUUUCGAGGUCGGUGUCCAUGGCGGGGCGAGAGGUUCGAGAGUACACCAAUCUCAGCGACCCCAAAGAUAAGAAAUGGGGGAAGGGGAAGGAUAAGAUCGACGAUGAGGACAUCACUUUCCAACGCAUGGUCGCAAAGGGAUCUUGGCAUCUCCUAUUGGGGUGGUUGAUGCUAACAGAUGCAGGAGGUUGCUGGUGAACGUGGAGGCUAUCUCCAUGGGCGAGGAGCUUUGGACAGUGAUGACCUGCUCUACCUGAAGGAACAAAUGGAGGCUGAGGAAGAUGCUGAGCGUCUUCUCCGCCGGACAGAGAAGCGGGCGUUUGCUGCUUUUAAGAAAGCAGCAAUUCUAGCAGAUUCUACACCUGCUUCACUACCCUUGCCUCUCCGUGUUGAACCAAAACCUAAAAGCGGAAUCAGGCAGCAAGAUCUCUUGAAGAAUAUUGUUGAAAUCAAACCGAAACGUCCGAGAGUUGAUAGCCCUUCUAACAGAGAACAAAGUGAUAGAUCAAAUGCUAGCAAUGGUGGGAACUCGGGGAAAACCCCAUUGCUGGGAAACAAAUCGAGUGAAUCGGUAGGUGUUCAAGUUUAUGUUAACUCCGAGCAAGAAAAGAGCAUUCCUUUGAAAUCAAGUAGAGAUGUUGUCGCUAACAAAGCGGAGGCUGCUGGUGGGAGCUUGCUGGGCUUAUCUUAUGAGAGUUCUGAUGAGGAUUGACUGGGGAUAUUGGCUCAAGCAAGUCUGUUGUAUAGUUUGAAAAUUUUCUUGCCAAUCUUGUCUGUUUUGUCUAGAGUUGUGCAUUUUGGUCCGAUGAGAUUGUAAGAUUGACAGCUAGAAGAGGGACAUUGUGUUUUUCGCUCACUUAGUGCAAUAUAUCAUCUAUUUUAUUGCGAUAGAAAAUUUUCACCUUCAAGCUAGUAGAACUUCACCUCUGUGGAUUUUUAGCAAUUUGGUUGUAGUAGUUGUCGUUACUAUUUAUUUAUUUAUUUAUUUUCA